AUGAGUUACUCAUUUGACUCUACUCCGGAUAGGCCUGAACAUAUUGACGCGAUUCUUAACGGUCUUGAUAGAUACAAUCCAGAAACAACCACUAUUUUCCAAGAUUACGUUCAACAGCAAUGCGAAAAUCGCACGAAUGAUACAUAUGCCAAUUUGGCCCUAUUGAAACUUUACCAAUUUAACCCCCAUCUUACCAAAGAUGAGACAAUAACCAACAUACUUGUUAAGUGUCUUACGGUCUUCCCUUCACCAGACUUCUCUCUCGCACUUCACCUGUUACCACCACAUAUAUUGACCCCUAUUUCGGCAUCUUCGGCUCUCCCUGCUGCCGGAGACGCACCGCUAUCAGAAGCCGUGCAGAAGCUCAACGCUUUAAACACCCUCCUAUCUCAGGCAUCGUAUGCUGCUUUCUGGUCGACAUUAGAUAGUGAUGAUCUUUACGCGGACCUUAUUGUCGACGUUGCUGGCUUCGAGGAAUUAAUUCGAAUCCGUAUCGCACUAGCUGUUUCCCAGACCGUUCGUGAAAUUGAUAGGGCAGUCCUCGAGUCAUGUCUCGGAAUUCAAGGAGAUUCAUUUGAUGCCUUCAUAAAUGGUGUGUGUGGAUGGCAGAUAGAAGGAAAUCAAGUUCAUGUACCUCUAAACAAAGAAAAUGAGGCAAAGGUCACAACUGUAAGAGAAAAUGUAAAUAUAGAACAAUUUUCUAGAGUUAUACGAAGGGCCUACGAUAAGCCCAGUUAG